AGGAAAAGGGAAAAAGUGACUUCUCAUUGAGAACACUGGACACUUAUUGGACUCUGGGCUGUUUGGAGGCUUUUCUCCGAGGAACAAAAGCGAGUCUGACGAAGCGACAGCCUGCGAGGGAGCAGUUAGCAUCAGAGCUAACUGAGAAGCUAACGGCCAGAGAAGUUUCCUGUUAGAGGAAAAGGGAAAAAGUGACUUCUCAUUGAGAACACUGGACACUUAUUGGACUCUGGGCUGUUUGGAGGCUUUUCUCCGAGGAACAAAAGCGAGUCUGACGACAUUUCAAAUCCUCUUGUUCUCUUGGAAGGUUCUUGCUGAUCAAUCUGCCAGUGGCCAAGAGAGGAACUUCAUUAUUAACCUGAAGGAACCAAACACCAAAGACAUGAAAGAGGAAGAACCAGAACCUCAAGGAAUUAAAGAAGAACAGCUUGGACUGUGUAUCUUUCCAGAUGAAAAGCAACUUGUUAAGCAGGAGACAGAAACCUUUGUAGGGUUUUCUGCUUGUGACAAACUAUAUCAAGUUAAUCCUGAACUGCAACAGAUGAACGUGACAAAGGAGGAACCAGAACCUGUAGAGAUUAAAGAGGAACAUGGGGAUCUCUGGAGUAAUGAGGAUGAGGAGCAGCUUGUAGAGAAGCAGGAGGCUGGCACCUUUAAGGUGACUCCUCUGGAUUUAAAAAAUUACACAAAUGAACCAGAAGAGAAAAUGAACCAACUUCCCAAUGCAGACUCCUCUGAAGGUGAGAAGCAGCAUCAGCAGGAUAAUAAUCAAGAAGAGUCAGGAUCAAACACAGAUGAAGAGCUAAAGCGUAAAAAGAGACGAGAGAAAACCAAAGAUCACAGUGAUGGUUCAAAACUAAAAAGACAUAAAACCAAUAAACCUUGUGAAGCAUGUGGUAAAUGUUUCACCAAGUGUAGAUGUUUGACUAAUCAAAUUAGGAAAACUAGAGGAGAGAAAUCUUUACUGUGUGUGCUUUGUGGAAAAGGUUUCCCCAGACAAAGUAAUUUAAAUGUCCACAUGAGAGUCCACACAGGGGAGAAACCUUUCUCCUGUCCAACUUGUGCAAAAGGGUUUCCCACUAAAGGUAGCCUGAGUAUUCACAUAAGAACUCAUACAGGCGAGAAGCCGUAUGCAUGUGAAAUGUGUGAUAAAUCUUUCCGUUUUGGCUGUAGUCUAGCUCGUCACAUGAGAACGCACACUGGUGAAAAACCCUUUUCCUGUCCAACUUGUGCAAAAGGGUUUUCCACUAAAGGUAGCCUGAGUAAGCACAUAAGAACUCAUACGGGCGAGAAGCCUUAUCAUUGUAAAGUGUGCGAUAAAUCUUUUACUUCCUCUAAUAGUAGGCUUGAACAUAUAAGAACUCACACAGGUGAGAAGCCUUAUCAUUGUAAAGCGUGUGACAAAUCUUUCAGCAUUAACAGUCAUUUAGCUCGUCACAUGAGAACACACACAGGUGAGAAGCCUUUUUCCUGUCCAACUUGUGCAAAAACGUUUUCCCAGAGCAGUAGCCUGGGUAAGCACUUAAGAACUCAUACAGGCGAGAAGCCUUAUCAUUGUAAAGUGUGCGAUAAAUCUUUUACUUCCUCUAGUAGUAGGAUUAGACAUAUGAAAACUCACAGGUGAGAAGCUGUAUGCUUCUAAAGCGUGUGCAGGCAUGGACUGGUAAUCGGGCAUUUUCCCGGUGGGCCGACGUGCUGUUUGGGCCGGCAGACCC